AUGUCUGAUGUUGAUUCUGACAUAGAAAAUUUAAUACCAUUAGUAACACAUAAUGUACCUGAUAAUCACCUCGAUAUAUCGAAUAUGGUGACCGAAAAAUAUCAAUAUAAAAUCAUUAAAAAUACAUCACAAUUGAUUAAGUCAGAUGUAUGGAGUACAUUUGGCUUUCCAAGCAAAUUACAAAAUGGUAAGCAUCAUGCCAUAUCUGGAUUUGUUAGUUGUUCUAAUUGUUAUAAAACAUUAUCAUAUGAUGGUAGUACGAAAUAUAUGAAGAAACAUAAAUGUUUAGAUUUAAAUGUAUCAAUUAGUAUUGAAAAAAAUACAUGUCUAUUAAUAAUUGAUAAAUAUAUGGGAAAAAAAGUUAUUAUUCAAAAACAUGACAAGGAAAAAUUGCAGGAGAAAAUCGUUCUUUGGUCUUGUUUGUCAAUUAGACCAUUUACUAUUGUUGAAGAUCCUGGUUUUACUGAAGUUGUAAAGGAAGCAAUUACUCUUGGUCAAAAAUAUUAUGGUGAUAUCAAUGUUGAAAAUUUAAUUACAACUGCUAAAACAAUUGGAAAUAACGUUCAUCCAAUUGCUGAAGAUUAUCGACGUGCACUAAAGCCGAUUCUUAUUAGUCAAGCAGAUGCUGGUUGCUUAUGUAUAAUACCUGAUCUUUGGUCUGAUAAGGUCAACUUGUACAUCCUUUUGUCUGGUGGUAUUGGUUAUCGUAUAUCUAAUGCAUUUAUUGGCACUGUACUUAAAGCUUACUCAUAUCACUAUCCGCUUGAAUUAAGUGUUGAAGAUAUUUGGGUGGUAAUUACUCAAGGUGUUGGUAUACAUCUUAAUGAAAAUGCUGAAAAAUAUCGUCAAUUUUUUGUCUCGCAUGAAGGUAAAAAGGUAUUAGUGGUGGCAGUAGACGAUCUUGUAAUUUCGAUUGAUGAGAGAGUAUCAAAAGGAAAUCUAACAAUACCAGCGAUCUAUUGGCCGAAAGCUGUGCGUCGAAUGGGUGAUUUGAUCAAAGCAAAUAUAAAAGUCGACCUUGCUACUGUAAUCACGCAGCCUUUUUCACAAACAACAACUGUACAACAAGCGGUGUUCGAUGCAUGUUUAAUGGACACUGUUAAAAAUUAUUUUGACUACAGGUUCUCUAUCUUAUGUGGUAUUCCACAAGUUACAUUGGUGGCUCGAUCCACUUCUUUUGCAUGUACAAAAACUCAAAGAGAGCGCUCAAGGAAAUCCGGACAUUAUUUGAUGGUGGAAAACUCUCUAUGA